AUUGCAAUGACUCGACAACGUAACCUCAGGUGACGGUUUGGGGAUGGCGGCGUACACGACAGGCCGGACGAGGCCGACGAAGCCGAAGAAGCAACAGCGCACGAACGAAAGGAAGCGCAAACGAGACGACGUCGAUGUGGAAGCGCUGGAAGAAGGCGUGGCGCAACUCGAUGCGAAGAGCAGCUACACCUCCUUCGCCGACCUUCCCCUCUCGGCACCGACGCAAGAAGGGCUGAAGAGCGCCGCCUUCUCCACCUUAACCGAUAUCCAAGCCAAAGCCAUCCCACUCGCCCUCAAAGGCAGCGACAUCCUCGGCGCGGCCAAGACGGGCAGCGGCAAGACCUUAGCCUUCCUCAUCCCCGUGUUGGAGAAUCUCUACCGCGCGCAAUGUAUUGGUGCAGACGCAGGUCUAGGCGCGAUGAUCAUCACGCCGACACGUGAACUCGCGAUCCAGAUCUUCGAAGUCUUGCGCACAAUCGGACGGAAAGGCCAUCUUUUCGCCGCCGGCCUAGUAAUAGGCGGCAGAGGUCUCAAGGAAGAACGUGAUGCCCUAUCACGAAUGAAUAUCGUCGUCUGCACCCCCGGCCGCAUUCUGCAGCACCUCUCCCAAACCGCCGCCUUCAACGUUGAUAACCUCCGCAUGCUCGUGCUCGAUGAAGCCGACCGAAUCUUGGACAUGGGCUUUCAAACCGACCUCGACGCUAUAAUCACAUACCUACCCAGAGAUAGACAAACGCUCCUCUUCAGCGCGACGCAAACAAAACGCAUCUCCGACCUCGCCCGCCUGAGCCUUCACGAACCCGAAUACAUCGCCGUGCACGAAUCCGCCAGCACCGCCACCCCGAGCACCCUCCAACAAAACUAUGUUCUAACCCCGUUACCCGAAAAGCUAAACACACUCUACUCCUUCCUCACAACAACAAAGCAAGCCAAAGUCCUCGUCUUCCUCUCCUCCGGCAAACAAGUCCGUUUCGUCUACGAAUCCUUCCGACGAAUGCAACCCGGUAUCCCACUCCUACACCUCCACGGCCGACAAAAACAAGGCGCCCGUCUCGAGAUCACCGAGAAAUUCCGACGAGCAAAGUUUUCCUGCCUCUUCGCCACCGACGUCGUGGCAAGAGGACUAGACUUUCCAGCGGUAGACUGGGUAGUCCAAGUCGAUUGUCCCGAAGACGCGGAAACGUAUAUCCACCGUGUAGGCCGCACGGCCCGCUUCAACGCCGCGGGACGCGCUGUCCUCUUUUUAGAUCCGAGCGAAGAAGCAGGGAUGUUGAAACGACUAGAAGCGAAACGGGUUCCAAUCGAGCGGAUCAACGUGAGAGCGAAGAAACAGACGAGUAUCACGCAACAACUCCAGAGUUUCUGUUUCCAGGACCCGCAGCUGAAGUAUCUAGGGCAGAGGGCUUUUGCUAGUUAUGUGAGGAGUUUGUAUGUGCAGAAGGAUCGCGAGGUGUUCAAACUACAGGACUAUGAUCUUGAAGGGUUCGCGGCGAGUUUGGGGUUACCGGGUGCGCCCAGGAUUAAGUUCUUGAAGGCGGAUGAGGGAGCUGUUAAGCAGAGGAAGAAUGCUAGUCGGCAGGCUAUGGUUGUUGAAGGCGGUGACGGCAGUGGCGCAGAAGAGGAUGGGGAAGGCAUGAAGGAGAAGGAGAGGGUGAGGACGAAGUAUGAUCGAAUGUUUGAGAGGAGGAAUCAGAAUGUACUGGCUGAGCAUUAUGCGAAGAUGGUUAGGGAUGAGGGAGGGGAGGGUGAUGGCGGUGAGGUUGAUGGAAAAGGCCUAGAGCGCAAGCAUGCUCGCGCCGACAGUGAUGACGACGAUGAUUUGUUCGACGUCAAACGUCGCAUCCCGGCCGAUUCAGAUUCCGACUCCGAUCCUGCUGAUGACGAUGACGAAGCACGACCGCAACCGGAAGCUGCAACAGCAACACGGACGGAGUCGGGUGCGAAGAGUGUUCUGAUACCUGGCGCCCGCGCCCCUCUAAUCCUGGACUCCAAACGUCGCGAAAAGCUACUCAAAUCGAAGAAAAAGCUUCUCAAGCUUAAAGACCACGGGAGUAAACUCGUCUUCGACGAUGACGGGAAUGCACACCAGAUCUACGAACUCGAAGAUGAAGCCGCGUUCAAAGCAAAAGGUCUGCCGGAAGUGCAGAGGGAGAGAUUUGUCAGUCAGGAGGGUGAGAGGGUUAGGGAGGCGGAUGUGCAGGAUCGGGAGAUUGUUAGGGAGAAGAGGAGGGCGAGGAGGGAGAAGAGGAAGCAACGGGAGAGGGAGGAGGAGGAAGGAGAGGGAGUCGGUGCGGGUGCGGUGUUGGAUGGGGGAGGGGAGGAUGGGUAUGCGAAUUUCCUUGCUGAUGCGGAGGCUGCUGCUGCCGCUGAGGACAGUGAGGAGGACAGGCGCGGAGGGGAUGGUGGGGACGGUGGAGAGAGCGAGGAGGAAGAUGAAGAGAGACCGAGGAAGAAGGGGCGGAAGUGGUUUCAGCGGGACGUGCCGGAGAGGGAGGAUUCUACUGGGCGCAAUGGGAGGGAGAUUGAGACGUUUGAGCAGCUUGAGGCGGAGGCGGCGAGGGUGUUGGGGUGAAUGUGGCUUCGUGCCUUACCUCUACUUCAUCGAAAACAUGUUGUUUACCAGCGUUUGACAUGCUCGAUGCAUUUCCGCUGCCAGCAUACCGUUGCAUUUCCUAGCCGGUUUUGCUUUCCAUCCUUCAGCUGGAAGCUAGUUUUCCACAUUCACUCCACCAGCGGGCUCUGGGGCAGCUCACUUCUUACUGCCCGCGUCGAUGGCGAUGUGUGGUGUGGCCUCGAAAAGUGUGUGGUAAUGACGAACUCGGACAUAUCCGCAACAUCCGCAUAAGUAGAGCAGAUGCACGAUUAAUCGCUUCGGAACACAGUAUCUG